UUAACAAGUGUUCGCGUUUAUAUUUUUUUAAUCUCAAUUUUCGAGCAUCGGCGUGGUCAUUUAUUGCUUACUGUUUAGUGUACCAACUGUCGAUUUGAUUUAUUUCCUGCUUUCAUAUGGUGUCUGGAAGUUUCGCACCAAAAUGAAAGAAAUCGGGUACGCAUGCAAAGAUGUUCGUACUGCUACCAGAAUCAGAGAGACCAGAUGGUCAGAUAUUGGUGAUCUUAAAGUUCCCAUCGUCUUCGGCGACAAAAAAAAGAACAAUAAAAGAGACGCAGGUAGUUAUGUUCGGAAGUGUCGCAGCAAAAAGAAAAAAAGAAGAAACGUAUAUAGUGGUAAUUGGAAAUUGUGCACCAAUAAGAAAAAUAAUAACCACGCAGAUAAUGAUGACAAAACGAACAGAAGGGACGCAGAUAGUGAUGAUCGGAAGGUUCCGACCCGCGGCACUAAAAAGAGAAAUAGGAGACACUCAGGUGAACAUUCCGUAAGCAAGUCUUCUGGUACGUCGACUUCUUCUGGUUAUUCUCGAGGAUCGCCGGAUUACAAUGAAAGAACCAAAUCACGUUCUCGAUCUCCGCAUCACAGUACAAGUAAAUCAUUGAUAACACAAGAUCUGCUGACUGUUCCACAAUCGUCCCGCAAAGAAACGCCGAAGCGUGUGAAAGUAUUGGUAUGCCUAAAAUUCGAGUUAAGCCGACAUUCGAUGGGCAUUGGAAAAAACGACGAGGGCGGCGAUGUGGAGGCCGUGGUGAAAAGCAAAAGCAUAUUUGGAGUACCCCUGGAACUACACUCUGACCAGGGACUAAAUUUCGAGUCCUCGCUAUUCCAAAGCCUGUGUCAACUAUUGGGCAUUCGCAAGACCAAAACCACUGCUUUACAUCCACAGUCAGAUGAAAUGGUCUGGAAUGGAAUAGGACAACGGGGAAUGGAUACCAUACGAGAUCGCAGUAUGUACUCGAGCUUAGAGCGAACCAAAGAGUAA